CUCCUAACGCCCAAAAUCAACCCUUUUCAUGUUUCGAGUAGCAUUCAAUCAUACUUUACGAUCAUCUUCUCUUACAAAAACAAUCGGCCAUCGACAAUCAAACCUAAUGACUGAUUACGUAGCUGGAGCGUUGUCCAAAAUAGGACUCAACGGAAAAGAAUCGACAAAUGCCUAUUCCUCCACAACCCAAGGAUCAGGAGCGGCAAAAGAAGAUGAAAAGCAAAAUGCCACUGAAAUUUUAACGCACAAUCAAUACAAAACCACCGGAUUGGACUGGGAUGCACUUUCUCCUUCUGCCUUGACGCAAUUUCGUACUUGGUUUCAAGAUGCGAUCGAUCAUCCAGAAAUACCCGAACCAGAAGCAAUGACGAUCAGUACAGUUUCCCUACAAGAAGGGCAGGAUGGAAAGAGUAUCGCAAGACCAUCCUCAAGAAUCGUUUUGCUAAAACGUGUUGAUAAACGCGGAUUCAUCUUUUUUACAAAUUAUAAUUCUAGAAAAGGUAUGGAGUUAGAACGUAAUCCGUUUAUCGCCUUGACAUUUUAUUGGCAUGCAUUGCAUAGAAGUGUUCGUGUUUGUGGGAAAGUGGAAAAAUUGUCGAAUGAAGAAAACGAUCAAUAUUUCAAUUCAAGACCUUUAGGGUCAAGAAUGGGCGCAAUCGCAAGCCCUCAAAGUCAACAUAUCGAAGGUAGAAAUAUCUUGGAAGAAAAGGUAAAAGAAGUGGAAAACAAAUACAACAUUCCCGGUGCAGCAGGUUUGGAUCCCGAACAACAAUCUGACCAGUAUGAAGAUCGACAUGUUCCCGUUCCCGAUUACUGGGGAGGAUUCCGUGUGAUCCCGGAUGAGGUGGAGUUUUGGAUGGGAAGGAGUAACAGAUUGCACGAUCGUUUCAGGUACACUCGAGAUCUAAAGGAGGAAAAAGAUGAAUGGGAAAUCAGCCGUUUAGCGCCAUAGAGAAAGAAGAAUAAUGUACAAUUAAAAAGUGUAGAAACCAUUACAUGUUUUGUUGUUGUUUAAAAAAGAAUAAUGUACAAUGACCAAAUCCCAUCAGGAGCAUUUCAA